GGAUAUUCCGUUAAAUGUCACGUGCUGUUAUGAACCGGAAGCCCCGCCCCCUACGUUAGGGUUAUGUAUGAAAUGUGUGAUGGUUGUUUGAGCACGCUUGCUUAAAAAAUUAUGAUGUUUUAUGACAAAGGCUUUUAAAACAUGAACUGCAUCACCGUUGAGGAUUUGUCUCAUGGGACGGAGAAUGUCCCUGUUUUGUUCGAGGGGACGGUGAGAAAAGAGACGCCGGUUUUCCAGUACACACCAGAAAAUGUUCCUGGGCCAGGCUGUGACAGUUAUCCAAAUGAGGUGACCUUACCUGGAUGUGACUGUAGAUCCCACUCCUGCCAGCAGGGGAGCUGCUCCUGCCUUCAGCAUCAUGGGCAGCUUUACAACAGCACAGGCCAUUUGUUGGACCGCACUGAUGAGCUUACAGGAUACAGCAGGCCCGUGUUUGAGUGUAACACCUUGUGCAGGUGCGGAGAAUCCUGCUCCAACCGGCUGGUCCAGCAAGGCUUAAAACUGAGUCUGUGUGUGUUUCCCACCCAGGGCAAGGGUUGCGGCGUCCGCACACUGGAGCCUGUAUCUCGGGGCAGCUUUGUGUGUGAGUACGCAGGGGAGGUGAUCGGGUUUGAGGAAGCCUGCAGGAGGCAGCGGGUUCAAAGCCCAGAUGACAUGAACUAUAUCAUCGCAGUGAGGGAGCAUGCUGGAACAGAUGUGCUGAGUGAAACCUUUGUGGACCCUGCUGCUAAGGGAAACGUGGGCCGCUUCCUCAACCAUUCCUGCCAGCCCAACUUGGUGAUGGUGCCAGUGCGUGUGCACUCCAUGGUGCCCAGGCUGGCUCUGUUUGCUACCUGUGAUAUAGCCCCUCUGGAGGAGCUCACCUUUGACUAUUCAGGUGGCUACAAGAAAACAGGGGAUGUAAGAAUAGGCCUGGGCCCAGGUGAACCAAUAUCUGCCACGGGAGGUACAGAUCUACAGAAAAGAAAACCCUGUUUGUGCGGCACCCAGAACUGCAGACUGUUUCUGCCUUUGGACGUCUCUGUAAUCAGCAGCAGUUAAACCCCCAGAGGCCACUGCGACCUUGUGAUUUACUUUUGAAAUUAGGUUUUAUUUUUCUAUGCUGAAGUCCACCUGGCUGGCUUUUCACUGUGGAUUCAAUGGGGGACAUUUAGGUGGAGAAGAAUGGUAUUCUCUAUCCUGCUGGUGCAGUUUCAAAGGAGAGUUAAAGGCAGAAAACCCAAGGAAGCAGAAGCCUGCGGAGAGUCACAUUAAGAGUUUGCCACCAGAAUGAGUAACUACAGACUCAAAGGUAGUCGAACGACUUUGAGUUGACAUUGGCAAGUGUGUUUAAAAGAGAUGCAAUGGCUGAUGGGAAUGUGGGCCAGUCACAGGCACUUCUGUAAGUGGCUGGACCAUCACAGAGGCACAGUCUCUCUAGUGCCAAUGUCUCUGACAUCCUGGCAAACUGCAGUGCCCUGCUGCACCCUUGUGGUACAUCAGCUUUGGACGUCAUGGCCUACUCCAAGACAAGCCCGAUAAUGUAGGGCACUCAGCUCCCCCACUCCCCAAAAAAGUCACUGAGCUGAAAAAUAUAUCAGACUUUGAUGUCUUUUACUGGCACCCUAUCUAGGUCACCCCUGCCUGACAGUAAAGGGUUGCAACAGUAAAAAAAAAAAAAUUCUAAUGGUUUAACUUGCUUCCUACGAUUGAUGGGACAGCACCUUGGAGCCUGCAGCUGCAAUCUAUGGGAAGUCUUAAGACCCUCGCCCCCAUCAAACCAACAGAGGAUCAUGGGAUCUCUACACAAGUUGUAUUAUAUAUAGCAGACAUAUUCCUGUCAGAUUUGGUGUACUCUGUGUAGCUGCUGGUGUAGCUGCUGGAGAGUGAUCAAAAAGUUACGGGUUCUGUACCCAAGAAGGUCCCUACUGUUUUUUUUUCUUUCAACCGAGACACCUGAUCGUACUUCUAUAUAGUAUUUUUGGAAGUAUGACUCUGACAGCAUCUUGAGGCUGCAUAAAGAAAUAUGGUUUUCUUGUC